AUGUUGCGCACACCCGAAACCCCCUCUAUGCCUCGGUAUCGAGCUGGCAAGUCUUCAGCUUUCACGCCUCAAUCGCGGAGGGCUGUUCAAACGCCGAGAGAUAGAGAGAGGAGGGAACGAGAGCGAGCGCGUGACAGAGAAAGAGAUUGUUCCAGUUCCUCGGACAGAAUGCGUCGUCUUGAGCGGAGGAAGAGAUUUGAGAAUCCUCCAGACGUAACAUCUCCCCCAGCAUCCCCAGUAGUAAUGCUUCGUGUGGGACCACAGAAACGCCUCUUCGCAGCUCAUGAAGCAAUCCUAAGCACAUCACCAUUCUUCGCAGCUCAAAUCCAAUCCCAAAACCAAGCCCAAGCUCAAGUCCAAAAACCAACCCCAACACCAAGUCGAACUCAUACUCAAACCCGCACAACCCGUUCCCGAAACAAACUCAUCGACUUGCCCGACGAACAAGCCGAAGUCCUCUCCUGCGUCCUAGAAUUCCUCUACAAAGGCGAUUACUACCCCCGCCUCAGACACAACACCAACAAACAAACCUGGGAACUAGAAGAUGUAGACAUCGAGACAACGGGCAGUGACGGGGAAUUAAGCGGCAGUGCAAUGGCAACCGUAUACCACCACAAAGCAGGCUGUGUUAUUUUGCGCGAUACGGCCAUUUACUGCGCCGCCCAAAAAUACACCCUCCCAACCCUCCAACGCCUCUCUCUCCGAAAACAAGGCCUUCACACCAAUAUAUCAGUCAGCACGAUCCUAUCCAGUGCGCGCUUUGCAUAUGCCAAUACGCCUGAUACGGAGUCCAGACUGCGGGCGCAUUAUCUUGCGCUUAUUGUUCGGAGUCGGGGGACAUUCAUGCGAAGUGGGACUAUGCAGAUGGAGAUGGAGCGUGGGGGGUUGUUGUUUUUUGAUCUUUUUGUUGCUUUGUGUAAUCAUAUGUUUCGUGAUCCGUUGUGGCUCUGUGGCCAUGUUCUCAACGGUCGAUACGAAGGUAUGGACCGGAGGUAUUGA